AUGCUCAUGCGACGCUCCCCUCGUGCGCUGCGGCUUCAGUGGCAGCUGGCCCAGCGUAUAAGUCGAGUAUCCACCACAGUAACUGCGGCACCCCAAUCUCCAUUCUCCACGAGGUCACACCCCGAACCACGACAGACCGCCCCGUUCCGACCGACGAGGUGUUUUCAUUCUACACCAAGACGUCAGGUUGUGAAGCCAGUCCUGCUAGCAGACAUUGGCGAAGGAAUCGUUGAAUGCGAGAUCAUACAAUGGUUCGUCGAGCCCGAAGCCCGCGUGGAGGAGUUCUCGCCCUUGUGCGAAGUUCAAAGCGACAAGGCCUCCGUCGAGAUCACCUCGCGCUUCUCAGGCGUCGUCAAGAAACUCUAUUAUGACGCGGGAGACAUGGCCAAGGUCGGCAAGCCCUUUGUGGACAUCGACAUCCAGGGCGACGUCAGCCAGGAGGCACUGGACAAGUUGACGCCCUCCGACGCCGAGACCAAGGAGAAGACGGCGCCGGCCUCACAGCAGGGCACAACGGAGCCAGCGUCUCCACAAAAGCCGGCGACGGGCCCGUCCUACAACGGGGAAGUGGAGACGGCUGCGCCUAAGCCUAAGGGGACACACGCCGCUCUGGCGACGCCCGCGGUGCGGCAUCUCUCUAAAGAGCACAAAAUAGACAUACUGGAGGUGGAUGGGACGGGCAAGGACGGCCGGGUGCUCAAGGAGGACAUCUACAGGUUCAUCGAGGCGCGAGACAGUGGCGCCGUUCAGGCUCAGCGCCCCGGCCCAGGCGCCGCUGCACCACCGCUAUCGUCUCCAGCAUCUGGCGUUCAAACAGAAGACCGCCAACCGCUGACCAAGACCCAAGAGCAGAUGUUCAAGACCAUGACCCGGUCCUUGAGCAUCCCACAUUUCCUCUACGCAGACGAGAUCGACUUCACCGACCUCUCCGCACUGCGCGGCCGGCUGAACAAAGUCCUGUCUUCCUCACCCUCGUCCCCAGCGCCAGUCAUCCCCAGCAACCAAGGCGUGACAAAGCUCUCUUACCUGCCCUUCAUAAUCAAAGCCGUAUCAAUCGCCCUGCAGCAAUACCCCAUCCUCAACGCGCGGGUCGACGCCUCCUCGGCUGGGGAGAAACCGGCUCUAGUCUACAGGUCCCAGCACAACAUCGGCGUGGCGAUGGACACGCCGCAGGGCCUCCUGGUGCCGGUGGUCAAGAACGUCGCCGCGCACAGCAUCCUCACCAUCGCGGCGGAGCUGGCCCGGCUGCAGGCGCUCGCGGUCGCGGGGCGGCUGGGCCCGCAGGACAUGUCCGGGGGCACCAUCACGGUCAGCAACAUCGGCAGCAUCGGCGGAACGUACUGCAGCCCCGUCAUCGUGGACGGGCAGGUCGCCAUCCUGGGCGUCGGGCGGAUGCGCGACGUGCCCGACGUCGGCCGCGACGAGGGCUCCGGCGCGUGGCAGGUCAGAGGCAUGAAGAAGGUGUGCAACUUCAGCUGGUCCGCGGACCACAGGGUCGUGGACGGGGCGACCAUGGCGAGGGCCGCCGGCGUGGUGAGGAGCUUGGUGGAGGAGCCCGAUGUGAUGUGGGAACUGAUCUGCUUGAUCCCGGAACACCUGCCGUCCCAACAUCCUCGGAUACUCGGGAAUAACUGCCACUCGCAAGUCUUCCCGAGGAUUGUGACCGGUGUGCAAGCUUCUGGCAUAUGCGGCCUGUAUCUCGACCUGUUCAUGCCGGGUAUCGUACCCAUCGUAACGUAA